CUAUCUUCGGGCGAGAGGAGGGGUACACCCUGCGAACUGGUCGCCAGCCAAUCGCAGGGCACAUAUAAACAAACAACCACUCACACCGAAUAAUUUUCAUAUUAAAUUACAUAUACAUUAUCUUAGUAAGUAAAAACACUUACGUACGCGGAAUACUGGGUGAUUUAAAUUAAAAUCAGGUCAAUCAAACCUGACAAGCUGUUCAAUGAAGUUCUAUAACUGACCUGUGGGGGGCAGCAGUAUACCAUCCCAUGGAGUCAGUAGUAGAAGAAGAAGGUCAGUCCCGCCCCUAACCACAAACAUGGCGCCCGCCAAGAAACGCAACGUGAAGCCGGCCAAAGCAGCAGAGCAUUGUGUAAAAUCAGCUAAAAUAGACUUAACUAGUACAGUUGAUAGUAUCAUUCAAAGUAGAAAACACGCCAAUGAAGUUUUCCAUGUAUUUGAGUUUCUUCAGUCCGAAAAGGAGAAAAAUGUUGUCACGGCUGUCAAUGCAUGCAGCAGUUUGUUUUGUACACUCUUGGAAAGGAGGGAGCUCUUUCAAGGGAAACUGCCACCAGAAGACGACGCGUUGAGUGGUGAAUAUAGUGCUGAAGACAAAUAUCACAUCUUCAUGAGACACCGUUACAACAAUUGUGUGGAGAUGCUGCUUGAACACCUUAGUCAUGAACUUCACGAGGUCCAGGAAGUUUCCCUGUGUUGCCUGAUGAAGUUUGCGGCGGGAGAAGGACAACAUCCCCUUGAGGACUUGGACUGGAGUGAACACUACAGUUUCCCCAGGGAACUGAUGCAGGCGGUAGUGGACAGACUGCUGUCCCGAACGACAGACAAGUCUCUGCUGAUCUCUCGGUUACAUGAGUUCCUGGAGAAGGAGGAUGUACGCUAUUAUGUCAUGAGCUCCAUCCGUGAGAACAUGGGCAAAGUGGAAAAAAGCAAGCAAGGGGAAGUGAUGCCUGUAUAUCAGCACAACAUUUUCACCCUCAUGUCCAACAUCAGCAUGCCAAUGGAAGAGUCAGAGCUUUCCAAUUUCAUGGUCAAACAGGAAGCAAAACACAAGGACUGGAAAGCUGCCAAACUAAUUGAACACAAGCGUACCUUCGAAAGGAUGUGGCUUGGCUUCCUCAAGUAUAAGUUGCCGAGUAAUAUGUAUAAAAAGGUCUUGGUGAUCCUCCAUGAUGCCAUUUUGCCCCACAUGAGCAAACCCACACUGAUGAUCGACUUCUUGACUGCAUCAUAUGAUGUUGGUGGAGCGAUCAGCCUGUUGGCCCUCAAUGGACUUUUUGUCCUCAUACAUCAACACAACCUAGAUUACCCUGAUUUCUACAAGAAAUUGUACAAUCUCCUUGAACCUUCCAUUUUCCAUGUAAAGUACAGAGCGCGCUUUUUCCAUUUGGCCAACCUGUUCCUCAGUUCCAGCCACCUGCCGCUGUACCUUGUGGCUGCUUUUGCCAAACGCCUGGCCCGAUUGGCCCUCACAGCCCCGCCCACAGCGCUCCUCAUCGUGCUGCCGUUCAUCUACAACCUGAUCCGUCGCCACCCGUCCUGUCGGGUCCUCAUUCACCAGCCCAACGCAGAAGAUGAGCUUUUGGAAGACCCAUAUCUAAUGGAUCAGGAUGACCCUGCUCAGUGCCAUGCCUUAGAAAGCAGCCUGUGGGAAAUUAAGACACUGCAGAGGCAUUACCAUCCAGAUGUGGCCAAACUUGCCAUGUUGAUCAACACACCAUUGUCACAAAAGGAGGAUGACAUCAGUGAGGUGCUCGAGAUAACAACAUUUGAGGGUUGCAGGCGUGCUGGAGGCUAUCCCAGGUAUCUUCGGGCGAGAGGCGGGGUACACCCUGAACUGGUCACCAGUCAAUCGCAGGGCACACAGAAACAAACAACCAUUCACACUCACAUUCACACCUACGGACAAUAUAGAGUCUUCAAUCAAACUACCACGCAGGUGUUUGGGAUGUGGGAGGAAACCGGAGUGCCCAGAGAAAAGUAGGCACGGGGAGAACAUGCAAACUCCACACAGGUGAGGCUGGAAUUUGAACCCCGGUACUCAGAACUGUGAGGCAGUUGUGCUAACCAGACGUCCGCUGGAAGUAAACGAUACAAAUCUUAAACGUUACAUAGUGUUUAGUUGGCCUGGGCUGACUCUGCCCUUCCACAGAUUUGCAUAAGGGUAACCUCCAUAUUAUUCCAAUUAUUCCACUCGCCACUGUGGGAACUUAUUAUUUGAUAAGUGCUGUCACUUAUUAAUUGGACACACCUCUAAUGUAGCAUAGUUGGACCAUAUUUAAUUGUUUAUGCUUUUGCUGUAGUUCAGAUUUACAGUGAGUGUUUUUUAAAUGUUUAUUUGUGUUGCUUGGGCUCAUGUGGGUAUGUAUACAUCAUCAAUUGGUGUACUGUAUUCGAUGACGUAAAGCUCGCAUUGAUGUGGUAUAACCAAUCUGCGUGUUUAUGCUGCACUUGCGUUGGCACAAUACCUGAUACAUAUCAUACUUUUAAACAGAUAUGGAAGAGAGCAGAUUACAGCUAAAAAUCGGAAUUGUGUUAUUUGGAACAUGCAAUGUAAACCCAGUUUGAGAACAGAGGCCGCUGUUUGAGGCGAUAGGAUAUUUCACUAACCAUAACACCUUAAUCCCUGUAACCAUGUAAGCAGCACAAUAAAUGUUCUCUGU